AACGAAGUUUUGAUAAUUGAUGGAGAAGAUACCUAUGGCAAACAAAAAUGGUCUAAUCCUACUUAAGAAUUAAAUCCCCAAAAUUGGUUUUCAAAGAAGAACAAUGCUCCAUGCCCUUAGUAUAAAUAUGUGCAUAUUGGAGCAAAUGAAAAAAAUAACACAAGAAACUGAGUUUUGAAGCAAAAAAGAAUCCAAAAAUGGGAUUAGUUAAAGGAGUGCCUCUUCUUUGUAUGUUGUUCUUAUUAUUCCUCUUAGCUAAUUCAGCAUCAGCAAAAAGAACAACUUACAUUAUUCAUAUGGAUAAGGCAUUCAUGCCUACAGCUUUUACUAGUCAUGAGCAAUGGCACUCUUCAAUUCUUGAAACUGUCAAGUUGAAAGAUACAACAAGUGGAAGUUCUAUCAAUCCGACAAGGCUACUUUAUUCGUAUGAUAAUGCAUUUCAUGGAUUUAGUGCUGUUAUGUCUGAGGAUGAAUUGCAAGUUCUUGAAAAGUUGCCUGGUUUUGUAUCGGCUUAUGCUGAUAAAAUGGUCACUCUUGACACUACUCACACGUUUGAGUUCCUUGGUCUAAGUCCUGAGUCAGGACUAUGGCCAGCUUCUGAAUAUGGUGAAGAUGUGAUUGUUGGUGUCAUUGAUACUGGAGUAUGGCCAGAGAGUAGGAGUUAUAUGGAUGAUGGGAUGACUGAAAUUCCGUCAAGGUGGAGGGGUAUAUGCGAGCCUGGACAAGAAUUUAGUGCUUCAAUGUGUAACAAUAAGUUAAUUGGUGUUCAAUACUUCAACAAAGGAGUUAAAGCUGCAUAUCCUAAUACCACACUUAGUAUGGAUUCAGGCAGGGAUACACGAGGUCAUGGGACGCAUACUUCAUCAACUGUUGGUGGAAACUAUGUCGAGGGUGCUUCAUUCUUUGGCUAUGCAACUGGCACAGCAAGAGGGGUCGCUCCACGUGCUAGGCUUGCUAUGUAUAAGGUCAUUUUUGAUGAAGGACGCUUCGCUUCUGAUGUGCUUGCUGGUAUGGAUCAAGCUGUUGCUGAUGGUGUCGAUGUGAUAUCCAUCUCUAUGGGAUUUGAUAAUGUUCCACUGUAUGAAGACCCUAUUGCCAUAGCUUCAUUUGGUGCCAUGGAGAAAGGCGUUCUUGUUUCUGCUUCAGCAGGAAAUGCAGGUGUCACUCCUGGAAUACUCCACAAUGGAAUCCCCUGGCUCUUGACUACUGCUGCUGGCUCUAUUGAUCGCGUCCACUCAGGAAAAUUGACUCUUGGAAAUGGACAAGUGAUCACUGGAUGGUCAAUGUACCCUGUUAGCGCCCUUGUCAACGAUUUCCCACUUAUCUACAACGAGUCAAUAUCGAGUUGCAAUUCGACUUCCUUAUCCAGCUUCAAUUUUGGAAUCAUCAUAUGUGAAAAUGGAAAUUUCCUUGAUCAAAUAAAUGCCAUUGCUGAAUCCUCUGCCCCUGCUGCUAUAUACAUCUCUGACGAUCCAAGAAUUUUCCAGAGAGAAGAAUUUGCAUAUCCUGGUGUUGUUAUCAGUCCUGAAGAUGGUGCAGCUGUGAUCAGUUAUGCUAAAUCUGGUGCCAAUCCUGUUGCCAGCAUUAGCUUCCAGCAGACAUUUGUGAGAUCAACACCAGCACCCGUCGUUGCAACUUACACAUCACGAGGUCCUUCACCGAGCUAUCCAGGAAUCUUGAAGCCAGACAUAAUGGCACCAGGGUCAUUAGUCUUAGCAUCCUGGAUUCCUAAUAGUUAUACAGUUUCGAUAUAUCCAGAUAUCGGAUUGAGCAGUGAAUUCGCGAUGAUUUCAGGAACAUCCAUGGCUUGUCCACAUUCUUCUGGCAUUGCUGCACUUCUUAAAGGCGCACAUCCUGAAUGGAGUCCAGCAGCAAUCCGAUCUGCAAUGAUCACUGGUGCCAUCAACAUUGACAACACAAAUUCUCCCAUCAAAGACUCAGGCCUAAACUACAGUAUCGCGACUCCUCUGGCUAUGGGAGCAGGGUUAGUUAAUCCAAACUUCGCCCUGAAUCCAGGUCUUAUCUAUGAUGCCACACCACAAGACUACAUAAACCUUUUAUGUGCCACGAAAUUCACUCGCAAGCAAAUCUUGACAAUCACAAGAUCAUCAACCUACACUUGCCAAAAUGCAUCUUCUGAUCUUAACUACCCAUCAUUCAUCGCGCUGUACACUAAUGAAACUGGAGCAACACUGAGUCAAAAGUUCAUAAGGACAGUGACAAACGUUGGCGAUGGUCCUGCUAACUAUUCUAUAAAUAUGACCGUGCCAUCGAACACAAACAUUAGUGUUUAUCCUUCAAGAUUGUCCUUCAGCAGCAAGUAUGAUAAGCUAAGUUAUACAUUAACAGUUGAAUAUAGCGGUAACAGAACUGGAGAAGUUGUAUUCGGAUCGAUAACUUGGGUGGAUGUACUUGGUCUCCAUGCUGUAACAAGUCCAAUUGUGGUUGCACCAGUGAUCCAAACUUGGACCAUAAUAUUACUCAACAUGGCAAAUUAUAUUGCCUUGUGUAUUUGGUUGCUUUCUAUAAUUCAAUUGGCAAAGUCAGAAACUUAUAUCAUUCAUAUGGAUUUGUCAGCCAUGCCAAAAGCUUUUUCUAGCCAUUAUAAUUGGUACUUGACUACACUUUUUUCGGUAUCAGAUAGCAAAGACUUGUUGUCCUCUAAACUAGUUUAUACUUAUACUAAUGCCAUCAAUGGUUUCAGUGCAAGUCUUUCUCCUUCUGAGAUAGAAGCUAUUAAGAAUUCUCCGGGCUAUGUUUCUUCGAUUAAGGAUAUGUCGGUUAAAAUUGACACAACUCACACAUCUCAAUUCCUUGGCCUUAACUCUGAGUCUGGUGUAUGGCCAAAGUCGGAUUAUGGCAAAGAUGUUAUAGUUGGAUUAGUUGACACUGGGAUAUGGCCAGAGAGUAGAAGUUAUAGUGAUGAUGGGAUGAAUGAAGUACCAUCAAGAUGGAAAGGAGAAUGUGAAAGUGGAACUCAGUUCAAUACCUCUUUGUGCAAUAAGAAACUAAUUGGCGCUCGUUACUUCAAUAAAGGCCUACUUGCUAACAACCCGAAUCUUACCAUUUCGAUGGAUUCUGCUCGUGAUACGGAUGGACAUGGGACUCACACUUCUUCCACGGCUGCUGGAAGCCGUGUAGAGGGCGCAUCUUUUUUUGGAUAUGCUGCUGGAACUGCUACAGGUGUAGCACCAAAGGCUCAUGUGGCCAUGUACAAGGCUCUAUGGGAAGAAGGUGUAUUCUUGUCUGAUAUUCUUGCAGCAAUUGAUCAAGCAAUUGCAGAUGGUGUAGAUGUAUUGUCCUUGUCAUUAGGCAUUGAUGCGCUUCCUUUAUACGAAGAUCCUGUUGCAAUUGCCGCAUUUGCUGCACUGGAGAAAGGGAUAUUUGUUUCUACAUCUGCAGGAAAUGAAGGGCCUUUUUUGGAAACUUUGCACAAUGGAACGCCUUGGGUGCUCACUGUUGCUGCUGGCACAGUUGACCGCGAGUUUAUUGGCACACUAACACUUGGAAAUGGAGUUUCGGUCACUGGAUUAUCGCUCUACCCUGGGAAUUCUAGUUCAAGUGAAAGCUCCAUUAGCUACGUUGAUUGCCAAGAUGAUAAGGAACUGCAGAAAAAUGCACACAGAAUAGUGGUCUGCAUUGACAAUAAUGAUUCAGUUAGCGAGGACGUCUACAAUGUAAGAAAUUCAAAAGUUUCUGGUGCAGUCUUCAUAACUAAUUCAACUGACUUGGAAUUCUAUCUCCAAAGUGAAUUUCCCGCAGUGUUUUUGAACAUUCAAGAGGGUGAUAAAGUUCUUGAGUACGUUAGGAGUGACUCUGAACCCAACGCAAAGCUUGAAUUCCAACUGACGCGUAUUGGUGCUAAACCAGCACCAAAAGUUGCUAGCUAUAGCUCAAGAGGACCAUCACCAAGCUGUCCUACAAUUCUAAAGCCUGACCUUAUGGGUCCUGGUGCCUUAAUACUUGCUUCAUGGCCACAACAAACACCAGUAACUGAAGUUACCUCGGGAAAACUUUAUAGUAACUUCAACAUUAUAUCAGGCACAUCAAUGUCUUGUCCACAUGCUUCUGGUGUAGCAGCACUUCUAAAAAGUGCACACCCUGAAUGGAGCCCUGCUGCUAUCCGAUCCGCCAUGAUGACCACAGCUUAUGUAUUGGACAACACACAAAGCCCCAUCCAAGACAUAGGUCUGAAGAAUGGUGUUGCUACUCCUCUAGCUAUGGGAGCUGGCCAUAUCGAUCCAAACAAAGCGUUGGAUCCCGGACUCAUCUAUGAUGCAACACCACAAGAUUAUGUUAACCUCCUCUGUGGUUUGAACUUCACAUCCAAACAAAUACAAACCAUCACAAGAUCCUCAACUUACACUUGCUCCAACCCAUCAUUAGACUUGAACUAUCCAUCUUUCAUUGGAUAUUUCAACCGGAACAGCAGCGAUUCGGAUCCUAAAAGGAUUCAAGAAUUCAAAAGAACAGUGACUAACUUACAAGAUGGUACAUCAGUAUACACAGCAAAGCUCACACCAAUGGGUAAAUUUAAAGUUAGUGUUGUACCUAAUAAGUUGAUUUUCAAAGAAAAGUAUGAAAAACAAAGCUACAAGCUAAGAAUAGAAGGUCCAAUAAUUAUGGAUGAUAUUGUGGUUGAUGGUUCAUUGAGCUGGAUGGAAACUAGAGGAAAAUACAUAGUGAAAAGUCCAAUUGUUGCAACAAGUAUAAGAGUGGAUCCUUUGAGAGGACAUAACUGAUUUAGUGAAAUGAUCUUUUAACUAAUUUGUGUUCUAAAUGUGAUAUUGUAACACAUAAUUUAUGUGAAAUAAACUUAUAUAUUCUUCACAUUU